AAAAUCUAAUUGGAAAUCCACAAAACCUUCACAUUUGACGUUGUUUGUGCACAAAACAUUCGCUUCGCUCUUGCAAUAUUUGAUUCUGUUUAGUGUAAAGAUUUUGUUUUCAUUACUAUCAAACAAUUUAAUAUGUUUAAAGGCCUAAUCACAGUAUAACACGAAACUUAUUACCUAAGCUACGAUAAUGGAAUACGAAAAUGAUGAUACCUGGCGAAGGUCAAACUCACCGAAGGCAGUGACAUCGUGUUACACAAUACCAAAGAGGUCUACAACCACAGCUGUGGUGGUGCUGGGGCUCGCUGUACUGAGCUGCCUCCUGGGCUACUGUGUGCUGAGUGAAACUCUGCCCUAUGAAUCCAAAACCUUGAGGCUUGUUAUUAUUUUCUUCCGCCAUGGGGCGCGCACACCAAUGUCCUCUUACAAGAGUGAUCCAUUCAAAAACUAUCAGUGGCCUGAUGGACUCGGUAGUCUUACUAAUGCAGGAAAGAUGCAAAUGUACGAAUUGGGCAAGAAAUAUCGCAGUUACUACGCAAAUUUCAUACCAGAGGAGUAUUUUGAUAAGGACACAUAUGUCCGCAGCAGUGAUGCUUCUAGAUGUAUGAUGAGUGCUUACACAUUCCUCGCCGGGCUGUAUCCACCUUCAGAGAGACAGAUGUGGCAUCCAGAGAUACCCUGGCAGCCUAUACCAGUGCAUUCUUUGCCAAGAGAAUUGGAUAAUAUAGUUGCUGCAACAAAACCGUGUAACCUCUCCAAAGCUAUGUACAAUGAACUGUUGGCGGAGAAGAAUGCUGAUCCCAAAUUUGCGGAGCUUUUCGACUAUUUGAGCAAACACACGAACCAAAGUAUGCGCAGUGUUCUACAAGUGGAUUACCUCUACAGCACACUAGCAUCACAGCAAGAGGCUGGCUUGAAGCUGCCCGAGUGGACAAAGAAUGUGUUUCCUCACAAAAUGCGAACCCCAUUCAUGUUGAGCUUAGCUCUCCUCUCUUAUAAUGAGACUAUACAGAAGUUUCAUACAGGUCCGCUGCUCGGUCAAAUAAAGCAGCAUUUACAGGACAGUGUGACUAACGUGAACAUUGACCGCUCGCUGUACAUCUACUCGGGACACGACGUCAACGUGGUGUCGCUGUGGCGCGCGCUGGGCUUCGCCGAAUUGCUGGAGCCGGAGUACGGCGCCAGUGUGGUCAUCGAGCUGCACGAGGAGGUUGAGCAGGAGAGCUUCUUUGUUAGACUUUUUUACAGAAACAACACCAAAGUGGAAGUACCUAUGGAACUGAAGUUGCCUUUCUGUGACGAUCCAUGCACGUACAGCAAAUUUGAAGAGCACCUCAACACUCUCAUACCAAAUGACUGGGAAACUGAAUGCCAAAAUAUUAACAAGUGAAUAUUUUAAGACGAUUAUUUGAUAUUUCUUCUUGAUAUUAACUGAUAAAAGAUCAGUCAAUGACGUGUAAACGUUUUACUGAACUUUUUAUGAAAAUAAAGUUUGUUUUGUGAAAUAUGCAUUUUGAUCAUUGACUCACUAAUCAUGUGGAAAAAUUCACUUUUGAACUGUCCAGAUGUACUGGACAGUUUUAAUUCAAUAUUAGAGCUAUUUUAAAACAAGAAAUCUUCAAAUAACUUUAAUUUCACCCCAAGUGUUUUGGGUGUUAAGUACCUUUAGUUUGGAAAAUUUUUUGCUAAUUGUGAGUCUAUAAGUUUACUUUUAUAUAACAAAUCAACUUUACUUUGUCGUGUAUUUUAACGGACGCUUCGUGAAAUAACUUAGACGUAAAAAUUAAAUUUCGCCGUUCACCAACUUUAAAUAAUAUUUAGUGAAAAAACUAGUCAAACUAUAUAACUCAUUCCUCGCUCGCGCAGAACAUGCUUGGGGUCUGAGGAGGUGUGUGAGGUGAGGUGAUGAGGUUGUAGACAUAUAGCAUACCCAUACUUUGUGACUUGGGGGGGGGGGGGAGAUGAUUUUGACAUUUACUACAGUCGGUCACCAAGGUGGAAGGGAGGUAAAAAGUAGAGAAUUCUUUCUACUUAGGGUCACUUCGUAGUUAGUAUGGAUAUGUUCCCUACAAUGAAUACGCCUCCCGCCCGCUCCUCUGUCACUCCCCUCUGUCGUCAAGAGCCUCCCGCCCGGUCCUAUGUCGUCAAGCACCUCCCGCCCGCUCCUCUGUCUCACCCCUCUGUCGUCAUACCCUGCACCUGUACCGCGCGGGACUUGGCUAUGUUGUUUGCGUACAGUUUGACUUUCUUUAAUCUUUCAAGCUCAAAUUAACUAGAGUUUCACUUCAUUCACUUCGAAUUGAUGCACAAAUACUUAUUGGGAAAAUAACCCUUGCUUAACUAAAUUUUCUUUAUCAAUAUAUGGUGUCAUGAUGGUACUUAAAUAUUUGCUAUACGUAAUUAUUAAAUAACUUGGUUAUUAAAUUGACAGUCAGUGAUGGUCAGACCUGCUUUCAGAGUUUAUAAAAUGUCACAUCAUUUUAUAAAAUCUGAAAGUUUAGUAAAUAUUUUGCAAAUUAAAUAUAUUUUGAAACAUUCCACAGUUUUCAUGUUUUAUGUUAAAAUAGAUGUAGUCGGAUUCUUUGGGUACUAACUAAAUGUAAACAAACCAAACCACGUGACUCGAACUUUCAUUAAAACUGAAAAAUUCAAUACGCGCACUCAUAGAAAAUAACAAUUUUCCUUAUUGGAUAGAAGCAGGCGUUACUUUGCGGAAGUUCAUCAUUAUUAUAUAAUGAUUUAUUUAUUUUGCUAUCAUCCGCGAAAAGCCGACGAACCCAAAACGACAACGUCACCCAGGUCCGACUCUACAACGUGCAAUUGCACGUUGUAGGGUCAACAUCUCCUGAGGAUGCUCCGGUUUCGGGGUGAAACGUACGUAGAGAGUAUUUUGUCGAACCUGGGUGACGUUGUCGUUUGGGUUCGUCGCUUUUUCGGGGAUGAUAGCAAUAUAAAUAAAUCAUUAUAUAACAAUUUUCCUGUCUUGCAUAAGAAAUAACUAUUUUUUUUUUAAAGUAUUACCUUAAAAAUAAUUUUAUGGUUUAUUUACAUUUAGUUAAAUUUAUGCUAAAUAGUCACAUUGUUAUGUUACCUACAAUAAGCUUUAAUGUCGAAAUAUUUGUAACACUUAUAUAAACCAAAUACCACUUAAAUAUUUCACUUUAAUGUGUGUAAACAUUGUGCCAUUUAAUACAGUUAUAGUUAUAUAUGAUGUAAUUAUAAUAUCUCGAAUAUUAUAUUAAGCAUGGAUAACCAGAUUACUAUUUACUCUAAAAAUUGCUGUUAUUAUUUUAAAAGAUCAAUUAUUUUACGUGUUUUUAUUGAUGUUUAAAAUACUUUAGCUAUCUUAUGAAUAGGCAAGUAAUUUUUGUUAAUAUUAUAAUAAUAAAAGAUCCGUAUUAGAAACGUCCUUCAUCCAUCUGUUUAUUGGAUGAAAAGUAUUUUAUAAGUACGUUAAAAAAUAUAUUGCGAGUUUAUUGGCUAAAAAUUUUCUGGCCAAACUAUAAUUAAUUAUUGUUAAAAAUAGUUUGGCCAGUUUUUUUAGGCAACCUAUUCGCAAUAUAUUUUUAAUGUACUAAAUUUGAUAUUUAAAACACUUUUUUUCAUCCAAACAGAUGGGUGAAGGUCGUUUUUAAUACAAAUCUUUUAGAAGUUCUUUAAUUUGUUAUGUUUUGUGUUUUUUCCUUGUCAAAACCGCUUGAAAAUAUUAACGGACAGAAAAUAACUUGACAAAUCAGUUUACUUUAUUGUUUUCUGCUGCCCAGCUAAGUGUUAAGUGAGACAGAGAUUCGGUUUCUACUCUCUUGGAUAUGUAAUUUUUUUCUAUUUCUAAUGGUUACUGCACACUUAACAUAGGAAAUGGGCAUAUGCUGCAACCUUUGACUUUUAUCAUCCUUAUUUAAACUAUGACACGUUUUUGAUGACAUAUUUUUCUGUAAAUUUUUAAAACUUUAUUGAGUAAAGUAUGAUAAAUGUAUUUUGUGAUCUUUUAAAAAUAGGAAUCAACUGUUGAAAUUUCCCCUAUAUUUACGGAUGUUAACAUGUAAGUGUGUGUGUAUGAAAUAAUUAUAAAUGUCUACAAUACGUACUAAAUAACAAGUAAAACAUAACUCUUAUAUUAUCUAGACUGAUUUUAAGUAUCAAAUUAUCUUUUUUGACGAUAUUUGUAUUACAUAUUGAGUUUUUUUAGUUUUUACUAUUUUUAAUGUAGGUAGGUAUGAGUAUAAAUGUUUAAACAAAUAUAAUAUUGAUUCAAAACACAUUGUGUUGUGGCAAGGUUGAAGUAUAUUUUUUUUUCACAGAAUUUCAAGUAUUUUCAUUAUUAUAGGUACAUUUUAUUUUAUAUAUUAUCUAACGACAAAAUGUAGGUAUAUGUUAGAUUACUAAAAUUUAUGAAAUAUGAGUAGAUAAAUUUAUGUGAUGUCGUUAUUACAUAUAUGUUCACGGGCUAACAAGAAACUGGCGGGCCACUGUUAUCAGGUAACUUGACCAGGCGCCUUAGCCAAGAGGCACGUCGAUUCUCUUUCUACAAACGUUAACAAAACAUUUUGUUAGUUUUCGAAGCGUUGGAAUGACAGAUGCUAUCGACAAAUUGAUCACGUGACCUGUCGAUAGUGAAUAUCAUUCCCAUAUUAUUUAAUUUUAGAAGCGUUAGCGUUUAUAGAAAAAGAAUCGACGUGCCUGAUGGCUACAGGCCUUGGGUAGUUGAGGGUAGUUUCAGGAAUUUUUAUUUUCUCAUAAUGGAAUUCCUAGUAUUGGGAAUUUUUAUUUAAAUCAUUUAUUGAUAUGCAAAGGAAAAAUUAUUGAGUUUUUUUCUUUAUUUAUAAUGAUAUUUAAAAAAAAAUAUUAGUGAAAUGUAUGUCAUACGGUCCGGUCCACCAGUUCACGACGCCUCCUGUAGGCCUGGUAUAAGAAAAAGCCUGAAUAGAUAAAUGUGUAAAUGUUUUGUAUUGUGGUUAUAUAAAAUUAAAUAUUUUAUGUGGUUCUUUUA